AUGGCAUCGUUCGACGCAUACAGCACGGACGGUGACGGGACGCGUCAGUUCGACGACGGCGGGUACACCGGCUACGACGAGUCCUACAACGCCUUUCCCUCUGCUGACACUCCGCCUUACUCUGCCGCCGCUGGAGCAGGAGUCUACACCCCAGAGUACGGAGAAUCGGAGGAAGUAGGGGUGGAUCACGUGGACAGCCCCGAUCCGUUCGGGUACGGGCCAAAUCCUGAUCCGUUUGGAUCAUCUACGACGGUCCCGAUCUCGAAUGGUAACGGGAAGCCGCCAUAUGAUACGGGGGAAGAUUCUGAGGGAAUAUUCAGCUCCGAUGGGCCGAUUCUUCCGCCUCCAUCUGAAUUGCAUCCCGAAGAAGGAUUUGCUCUACGCGAAUGGAGGAGGCAAAAUGCCAUUCGGCUUGAGGAGAAGGAGAAGAUGGAAAAAGAACUGCGGAACCAAAUUCUAGAGGAUGCUGAAGAGUAUAAAAUAAAUUUCUACGAAAAAAGAAAGCUUGGUUUAGAGACUAACAAGACUAGUAACAGAGAGAAAGAAAAGUCAUUUCUGGCCAGCCUAGAAAAGUUCCAUAAAGAAGCCGAUAAACAAUAUUGGAAAGCCAUAGCCGAGCUCGUUCCUAAUGAGGUACCCAAUAUUGAAAAGAAGGGGAAGAAGAAGGAUAAAGACAAGAAGCCAUCGAUCACAGUCGUCCAAGGGCCAAAACCUGGCAAGCCUACCGAGCUUUCAAGAAUGCGCCAUAUACUGGUGAAGCUGAAGCAUAACCCCCCACCUCACAUGUUGCCACCACCUCCUGCUCCUCCUAAGGACGAGAAAGAUGCUAAGGAUGGAAAGACUGUCAAAAAUGGAAAAGAUGCAGAAUCAAAUGCGACCAAAGAAGCACCUGCCAAAGAUUCUGCUGCCAGUAGUUCUUCACAGCCAUCUGAAGAACUCACAGCCGUGCCAGCCAACGACCAGCCUGCUAGCUAA